AGAACCGAGCGGGCGGCUCCGCGGAGCAGCCGCCUCCGCCGCCGCCGCCGCCGCCGCCGCCGGGCCCUGCGCGUCCCCUCCCCGGCCCGCCCCCCGGCCCCGGCCCCGGCGCCCGGUCCCCCGCCCUCCUCGCCUCUCGUCCUCUGUCCCUCCCUCCCCCUCGGCUCUCCUUCGAGCUGCAGCCCGACCCGUCCCGCCAGCCGGGCCGGCAGGAGGGCGGCGGCGGCACGACCAUGAGCUUUGAGGGAGACCACGGCGGCAGUCGGUGUCGCGGGGUGGAGAGCGGGGACCCCGAGCCGCCUCCCCCGCCGCCGCCGGGAGAGCCGGCCGAGGUCCCCACGGCAGCGCGCUACCUGCCGCCGCCGCCCGCACCCCCCGAGCGCGCCGCCGGGCCGAGCGAGCCGCCGGGGGAGGCGGCCCCGCGGCGCAGGGGAGCGGACGAGCUGCCGCCGCCGCCGCCCCUGCCGUCCACCGGCCAGGAGGCAUCCGCGGCCGGCGACUCCGGGGAAGGUCCCAGGCGCCUCCCGGACCCCGAGGCGGCGGUGGCGAAGGGCGGCCCUGGGAACUCCGAGGCCAGUGCGGGCGGGGAGGGCGAGCGGCGGGGCGCCAGCGACCAGUCCGAGACGCGCUCGGUGUGCAGCAGCAGCAGCAGCAGCAGCAGCGGCGGCGGCGAUCAGCGCGCUGGGCACCAGCACCAGCACCACCAGCCCAUCUGCAAGAUCUGCUUCCAGGGCGCCGAGCAGGGUGAGCUGUUAAAUCCUUGCCGGUGUGAUGGGUCAGUGCGGUAUACGCAUCAGCUGUGCUUGCUGAAGUGGAUCAGUGAGAGAGGUUCCUGGACCUGUGAACUCUGUUGUUAUAGAUACCAUGUCAUACCCAUUAAAAUGAAACAACCCUGUCAGUGGCAAAGCAUUUCUAUAACACUGGUUGAGAAAGUUCAGAUGAUUGCUGUAAUCCUAGGAUCCUUGUUCUUGGUAGCGAGUGUGACUUGGCUCCUCUGGUCAGCCUUCAGCCCCUAUGCAAUGUGGCAGAGGAAGGACAUCCUUUUUCAGAUCUGCUAUGGAAUGUAUGGUUUUAUGGAUCUAGUGUGCAUAGGACUCAUUGUCCAUGAAGGAGCUGCAGUGUACAGGGUUUUUAAGCGCUGGCAAGCUGUUAAUUUGCUCUGGGAUGUAUUAAGUUAUGACAAAGCCACAGACAUCGAAGAAAGCAGCCGGGGAGAGUCCCAGCCGAGCAGGACUUUGUGGCUGCCGCUGACGGCGCUGCGGAGCAGGAACUUGGUCCACCCCACGCAGCUGAGCUCGCCGAGGUUUCAGUGCGGCUACGUGCUGCUGCACCUGUUCAGUCGGAUGAGGCCCCAGGAGGACCUGGCGGCAGACAACAGCUCCGGGGAGGUUGUGAUGAGAGUGACUUCGGUGUGACAAAAGCAUACACUAGGCAGUGUGGACCCCCGCGCAUAUUUCAGAAUGUAAUUGCAAUGAAGGGAGAAACCCUAGCACUUCCAACAAAGCAACAUCUACGAACUUUUUAAAAUUUAUGCUUUUUAUAUGAACAUUUGAAUUGCAAAUACAUUUUUCUGAAGAAAAAAAAGAGUCCUCUUGUUCUUUGUUUUCCAGUUUGUCACAUCUUUUAUAAGUUGGUACUUGAAAUCAUUAUACAUAUCAUUUAACUAUUCUUGGUUAAAAAAAUGGUGAAAGUUAUCUUUAAGGCCAAAACUCUUUUUUUCUUGCUUGUUUUAAAUAUAUUUUU